UCCUGGCUCCUGGCAUCAUUAGUUUUAUUAUGUUCUUUUAAUUGCAGUAAUGGAUCUCGAACGGGAAGCAUGCCUCGAGUUCGGCGUUGAGAGGGGUUGUCAGGCUGUCAGGAUUCCACUGUCCAACAAAACAUGCACAACUACUGUGACCGGAGGACGAUGGAUUUCUACCUGUUUAGGUGCUGCUGGUGUAAACAUGUUGGUUUGGCAAGGGAGGCAUAGCACACACAAAAGCUCACCUUCGGUUAACUCAUGCCCAGUUGUAGUCAGUGGCACUCUUCUAUAUUUAUACUGGUGUUGAAUCAGGACUCUCUCUCUCUCUCUCUCUGUUCGCCCAGGGCAGGGCUUUCGGUGGGUGUUGGGUUUAUUUGGGGCAGAAGCCCAAAGUCGCAUCAACAGUGGUAGAGGGGUAAUCGAUCCUUGUCUAAACCCAGAGUGGCGGGGCAAAGGGAUCAAGACGGGUGAAGCAUCACGGCAAAGCUCCCCUGCGAUCACUGGCCACUGGGUCAACGAAAUGAGCUAUGUGUUGCAAAUGGUAUUGUCUAACACAGUGAAGGGCUGAGGCAGCAGAGAAGAUUGAAUGUAGGGAAGGCUUACCUCUUCAAUAUGAACACACCCCUAGCGAGAGUCUUGCAUGCAUUACAGGCUCCCAAGGAAGGAGCAUGUACAGCCAGCUUGAGGUCAUUGCCAGCUUCUUGAAAUGGGAUGCAAGAUGAUGCAAGUACUCGCCUGGCACCUUUUCCAUGAUGCACCAUUUGCUUCCAUCCUCUCCGAAAAAAACAGAGCCUUCUGAAAUCCUGCUCCCAUCACACCUCAAGGUGAGCAGCUACCAACCGCCGCCAAAGUGGCAGUGGAGCGAUUUGAAAUCCUCCAAGGUGCGGCUGUGUUUGGCCUGUUGCCUUCUUCAGGUGGCCAGGAACUUGUGCCGCGAGACGCUGCUGAGUCCCUCGGUCCUCGCGCGGAACCACGCCUUGGGCUUUCAGAUGGACUCCUGGGCUUGGGCGCAGCUGAACUUUUUGGGCACCUUUGGAGGAAUCGUUGGAUUCAUCAUGUCCAAGGUCAUGGCCGCUCAACCAGCCAAUCCCUCCUUCAUCGUUCUUCUUGGUGCCCUGUCCUUGUUGAUGUUCGCCAUGGAGAUCCAUUGUCAAAGCUUUCGAGCGUUGAUGAUGGCCAACUUCUGCGGUGCCACCCUAAGACAUCUCUCUUCACCGCUCCUUUGGAAGCUCUUUGAGGGUGUCAUCUCGGGCGAAGAGAUGGCUGCCCUGAUGCAGGCCAUGGGUUCCUUUGAGAUUGUGAUGGGCUUCAUCGUUCCCAUCAGCUGUGGCAGCUUCGCUUUGAUGGGCUUUCAAACGCCCUUCUGCCUGAUGGUGGCGCUGCCCUUGCUGUUUUUGAUGGCCACGAUGCCCAAGUCGAAGGCAGAAUGAGGUGUGGCGGAUGCAUUCGCACCCCAUCGCCCUUUGGAAGACCCAACGACGAUCGAGGAUGACCCAAGUUUUCCACGUGUCAAAGGACACAGCAAGCUGCUGCGGUGUCAGGCAAGCUGCUACACGCAGCCGGGCCUUGGUCGGACACGCAGCGCUGGCAACAGCAUGCUCCGAGCUGAUGUGGCAUCCGUCCGAUCACAUUUUGCGGGGAUUUGCGGGCAUGCAGCGUUUGGAAGGUAGGUUAGCCC